AUGUCGAAAGAUGUAUGGGUGGUCUCGAUCACACUGCAGGGUACGGAAGGUAUUCUUGGUGUGCUGGCACAUGUUAAAGAUGAUGGUGGCACAUGGAAGGAACUCACGGACAAUGUGAAUACUAUGGCGUCGAACCUUACUGUUCAAGUACGUGACAUUGCUAGUGUAUCAAAGGCCGUAGCAUGCGGAGAUUUAAGCAAGAAGAUUACA